UAAAAAUUUAAACAAUAAAUAAAGAAAUGUAAGAGAUGUAGUCUUUAGAAGGAGUUCAAGCUCUCGCAUUCCAGAAUAGUUUACUUAUCUCACCAUGUUGUUGAGAUCCUUUAUUUGGUUCUGGGCAUAUAAGAAGAUGCUCUACAUUCAUAAUGCCCGAAUUGCAAAUUUGGCAAAUGCUAGAUCAAGGAGGUCUAUUCUAACCUCCUUGUGCUAGAUGCCAAUUUUAUUAAUAUAAUUUUGGCAAUAGCUGCUAUAACGGAAAUUGAAUUCCGGAAGUCCCUCACCUGCUGAUACGCGAAAUUUGUUUAACGAUACCCAUAGCCGAAGAACUGUUAUGUUGUUGUUUAUAGUAAGUGGACAUGUCUAGGAGAGUGUUGUUGUAUUAUUGAAUUUUUUAAUGGAUACAAUUUUAGUGUGUUUGUUACUUUAAGGUUCUUGAUAUAUUUUGAAAUGAAUUCAAGGUGUGUCUGGGAAAUAACGCUUACGAAAUGUGUUUUUUCGCAUUCCUGUUUCUCUAAUGUAAUUUUUCUGUACUGCUAUUUAAAAAAUAGUCAACCUUGAAUUCCUUUUUAUUUUUAUCGUAUGUAUUGAUGUACUGAAAAUGCCGUUAUGAAUAAAAGGGCUUCCGUAUCCUCUCGUGAAGGUCGUACUCCUCCGAAGGAAAACAAAGUUAAUAUAAAAGAGAUACGCAAAAAAUUUGAAAGUCUAAGUGCUACCAAUGAGAAUAAUGUAAGUUGUGAUAAAUCUUCAACUCCUGUAGCUCCAUUACGGAAAAAUCGGUCUGCAAACUCGGAUACAAGAAAGCAUUUAGAAAAAUCGAAAAUUCCCAAUUAUGAUGCUAGAAUACCUCCUGAAAAUAAGUAUCCAGAACAUAAUACUACCCCUAGUAAUCGUAUUUCCGUUAAAGAAAGGACGAAGCUUUUUGAAUUGUCAAAGGAAACUGACUGUGAUAAUGGAAUGCCGAAAACUCCAAUUAAUUCAACAGACAUAUCCUUGCUCUUGAAUCUUGACUCCAAAUGUAAAACAAUUAAUUCCAGUGGAACAAAUAGAUUAUUAAAUGUAGCAUCACCACCUGCCAAACCUCCUAGAAGCUUUAAUUAUGAAGAUAAAGAUAAGACGCCUCAUGUAAGUGAAAAUAUUGUUGAAUGUGUUGUCGCUGAAAAUAAUUUUGUCUCUGAUUCUGCACAUUUUUCGAAAUUAAGAACAGAAAUUUCAAAAGGGACCAAGCUUCGGCAGGUGUCAGCUUCAUUCAGUUUUGAACCUGAGUCAACAAAUUCAUCUCUGAAAAACCCAAGGCUUUUAAGUGCACCUGAAAUACAUUCAGCAAUAGGAGAUAAAGGUCAGUCAACUCCAAAAUCGCAAAUCAUUUCAAAUAAAACUCAAGGAUUUUUCAACUACUUCAAGAACUUAUCAAAUACUGCAAGCAGCAUUAGAGAAAAAGUAAAGCAAUCUAAAAUAUUUGUUGAUUUAACACCUACUACAGUAAGUCCACCUAAACAUUAUGGAACUUUAAAGAGAAGUCACAGUGAAGAGCACAUAUAUGCUGAACCUUCUGCUGUCUAUAAAAGUCCUUCCAGCAAAGUGCCUGAUGAUUCCAACAAAGAAGAAAAGUCUUUACAUUACAUGUGUACUCCUAUUGUUAAACCAAAUGUCCCUGAUCGGGAGAAGGCUAAUGGGUCCAAUGGAAAGUCUGUAAGGAAUAUGAUAUAUGAAUCUUUCUCUGGUCUUCGAACUGCAUCUAAAGAUAGUCAAGGAAAUCAAGUUGUCGUUCCUGUUACAGAUGCAUCUGAUGCUGACAUAUCUGCAAAAGCUAUUCAAGAUCGAAUUAUUUAUGUCAAAUCUGUGAGAAAGCAGAUAUCAUCAUCUAGCAUCUGCAUUUCAUCAAAGUUAUAUGAAUCACUAUUCAUUAUAAAUUUCUCAAAUUGCCAACCUGAAGUGUCCUUUUAUUUCCCAAUCAAAAUUUCUGAAACUUAUAAUUAUCCAUUGUUACCUCAUAUUUGUUUUCCUGAUGCUGAGAUGCAAAAAUCUGUGUCAGUUUAUCAAAGUGAGACAUUCCAGUUCUCUCUUCUUGAUAAAGAUGAGAAAAUAUUUUGUUAUUGUCUGAGGAUACAGGGCUGGCCACAAAAUGGAUUGCACAAAAAUCCUUUGUGUGUGAAGCUUCCUGUUGCUAUUUGUAUUUUGAGUAGUUUUAAUGCUCCCUUGUUUUAUAAAAAGCUUUUAACUGAGAUAGAAAAACAUCUUACUUUGCCAAAGGAAAACUGCUUCAAGUAUAUCACUUCUUUAAGAAAGUAUGGGGUCCCUAAUGCAGGUGCCAGUGUAUCUCUCCCAGAUUACACAGAGUCAGAAGAAUCUAACAGAGUGAUUAUUUCAAGGCCUUUGGACUCUCAUGUGGUUGGUGCUGAGUUAACAAGAGCAUUGCAGUUGUUAGAUGUUGAUAUUCUUGUAAAAUCUGUUGCUUCCUUAUUGCUUGAACGUCGUAUUUUGUUAUUUUCUUCUUCUACCAGUAACCUUUAUCAGUGCUGUAAAGCAGUGUCUUCUUUGCUGUAUCCAUUUGAAUGGCCGCAUAUGAUUGUUCCUGUUCUUCCUAAUUGUUUAACAGUUCAGUGUUGCUCAGAUUCACCUUAUAUUCUUGGAAUUUUAACAAACAGUUGUAGUACGGUUUUGGAAUUGCUUUCAGAACAUGAACUGCUGAUUAUUGAUGUUGAUAAAGGAUCCAUAUUAAAAGCUUGCAAUGAUGAAGAUACCAUUCUACCAAGAAAAGUACAGAAAGCUGUAAUUACUGCUUUGAAUCUUGCUAAAAAUAUGACAGAUCCAACAAAAAUGCUCCGAGAUAUAAUGAUAUCAGAAGCCUUCAUUCAUAUGUUUGUAGAACUAAUUGGUCAUUAUGAGAAUCACCUUGUUGAACAAAAUGAAGACAUUCUUUUUCAGAAAGAUGGAUUUCUCAAAAAUGCUUUUUCUCAUAGCAUACGCUCUUUUCUACAGUGGUUUUCUGAAACCCAAAUGUUUGAUACGUUUAUUGAAGAGAGUAAAUGGAGAAUGAAAUUCAGAAAACUUUGUCAGACAAAUACAAGAACAUGUUUUGAAAAACGCGUUGAUGAUUACAAAUGGGAGCUCUCUCAAGAUGAAAAACUAUCUCAUCUCAUUGGUAAAACAAUGCGAAAUUUAGGUGAAAAAAUUGAAGGAAAGUUGAGAGGAUUGAAGAAAAGUUGAGACUCAAUUUUUUGCUCAAAAAUCUUUUCCGCUCAUGACCUAAAAUGUUUUUUUGAUUUUUUAUGAAUUUAGUGUAUUGUAAAGUAAAUUUUUUAAUUACUUGAUAAAGAAGAAAAUUUAUAUGUUAUUUUAAGCUAUUUACUGUGUUUUAUAUGGAGAAUAUUUAUAACUAUAGUCUGAAACAAGUUUAGUGCAACAAAAAUGUAAUCUUCUCCAUGACAUUUUGUUAGCAUUCUUCUUUAUAUUCACGUUUUUCUAAACUUUCAUAUUAUUUGACAGAGCUGCAAAAAAUCAUUCCUUUUAAUUUUGCUAUUUUAUAAUUCAAUAUUCUGAGCUUUGUGUUUUAUACUUGUACAUUAUUAAUGUUCAUAUGUUCUUGUAAUUUCAUUCAGUUUUUCUAAUUCAUUUAAAAAAACUUUUGUAAACUUAUAUCUUUGAUAUCAGGAAUUUUCUAUUUUCUAUAAUUUUCUAUAAUUUCUAUAAUUUUCUAUAAUUCUAUAAUUUUUUCAGCAUUGCUUAGACAUUGAUCCUCCUUCCCUCCUCUUCCUAUUGCACAAGGGGAACAUAUUUCUAAUCGUGGGAUCUCUGUACAAAGAAUUUUAACUCUCUCAAGAACUUAAAGCAGGUUUUGAAGUGCGAAUAGUAGUUUUUUGAUGGAGUGUGACUUAUUUUUAAAUCAGAAAUGAUAUAUGUAGAGUUUAUUUUAAAACAUAAGGUAAAAUAAUUUUCUGUUAUAAGAUAAUUUUACAUAGCUUAACAAAUUUGAAUAUGUUCCAACUACAUCUUUUGAAAAAAUUGGAUUUCCUUCUCCCCCCCCCUCCAUUUUUUCCACAAACUGCAUAAAAGAUUGAAUUAAGUUUGUGUAGUAUUUAUCAUAAUAAUCCUUUUUUUAAUGGUCGGCUAAAUUUAGAAUUCAUGUUAAGUUAUAGAUAAGGCAGUAGUACUGCUAACAGUAGUAAUAACUUAGGUUUAAUUUAAAAAAUUUAACCAGUAGUCUUUUUUUAACCUAACUUUUUUAAUAGAAUAAUUGUGUGCAUUUAUAUGGAAAUUUCAGAACCUGUCUUUUAUUUAUUGUGAAAUUGGCUAAGAUUCUUAUUAAACAAAAAAAAAUGCAUUGCAAUAAUCUUGUUAAAUUAUAUUAAUGCAUGAGAAAUAGUGCAUGUUUGUACUCUGACAAUAUUGAGUAACAGAAAUUGAAUGAAUUUUCUGUGCAUUGUAGAUGGGUUUGUCAUUUCUUUCUGGAAAAUGGAUUUUCUUGUUUGAUCUGUAUAAAUAUUGAAUAUUUUUAUAAAUAAUCGUGUAAACCAAAAUUUUUUGUCAUUAUUGUACAUAUGAAUGAAUGAAUGAAUUAUAAGAAAAAGCAAGUUGUAAUGAAAUUGCUUCAUAUGAAAAAGUAUUAUUUGCAUUAUAUUACAAAAUAUGUUUUAUUAUUAAUAUUAUUUAAAAGGUCUUUAGUCUGAAUUGUUACAAUACAAUGAAGGAUUCAGGAUUCCGUGAUUUUGCUAGUGGUGACUCAAGAUCCUAAUAUCUGAUUUAUAAAAAUAUUUGUAUUCUUUUAAAUCAUAAAACUUUUUAUAUUAAGAAUCGGGGUAAAUUUAAAGAAUUUUUCAUACUGUAAUGAAGUUAUCUUAGUGCUAAUGAUGUAGAUUUAAAAUGAUUUAGGAUCAUUAGAGAAUUUUUAAACACGAAAUUUAUGAGUAGUGUAUUAGCAGUUUUUUAAAAUGGUCUGCUAAAGUUUUGAAAUUAUUAUCAUUAUCUUGAAAUAAUAAUUUACACUUUGUUUUAUACAUGGCAUUCAUUAAAAUUUUCAGGUUAAUUCAUAAAACAAUUCAAAAUUAUUUUAUAAGUGCAAUGAAUAAUUUUCUUCAGAAAAUUUAGAUAUUUGUCUUGUUUUCUUUAGUAAUUCAGCCCUUUAGCAUACAGCAAUGGUAAACAGUUCAGUUGUGAGUAAAUGAUAAUCAAGGUUUUUAAUUAUUACAGUUUUGAAUAACAUUAAUCUAGUAUUUGCAACUAAAUGAAUAAAAUGAUCUAAUAAUUACAACUGAUUUGUGGAUUAUAAAUCUAUAGAGUAUUGAACAUUUUAAUUUACAUUCCUGUGCUUGAAAUUUCUUUUUUGUGAUGCAUACAAUUAAGAUUAUCUAUGUGGGUUGCCAUUACCUCAUCCCAAACAGAAAAAUAAGCAGUUGUUAAAAUAUCUUUCUAAGAAAAAAAAAAUUUUUAGAACAUUGGCUUGUGAUUCACUCAUAAAAUUCAAUUUUCUAUUUU